AUGAAUAUUCGAAUGAGAGACCGAGAGAUCGUGAGAACCACAAGAAGGCUUGGGAAAAUAGCGGCGAUUAGGAUCGCUCCAACCGGACCUUUCGAAGUCCUCGUGCAAGAUCCAGAGUCACGAGCAGACGAGGCUACUUGCUUGGAAACCAUAGCGGCCAUCCUAUGGAGUACUCGAGAGCCAAUUUUCGCGGGUCGAAUGGACCAAUCUCAGCGGGUAUUUCCAAGAGCCAUUUUGAAGAGGAACAACGCUGAAGUUUCCCCUGAAUUGGAGCGCGAUUGUCUCCUGGCUCUUCUGUCGCUUCCUGCCAAACUUCCGAGGCGAGAUUUAUACUCUGCUGAGGUCAUUCAAGCCAUAUGCGCUAGACCAAAUACGGGAUGGGUCGCUCUACCACGUGCUUGGAGGAAUGGCUCGGCACCGAAGCUUGACCUGAUUUGGCUGGCGAAGUCUGGAAGGUUGUUUCGAGGGCGAGUUCGGCAGGCCUUCGAACAUUCCCCCUUGCAGCCCUUGAAGAUAGGAAGUAGGAAGAAAAGACCCGGUUCAUGGCCCCAAUCUCCACACACUUUCCCCUCUAGAAACGACAGUCGAAGAAGCACUGCAAUCAUCACCGUCGAUAUUUCACUCUCCAUGCUCCAUAUCCUUGUUGAAGAUGACACGAUUUCUUCUUGGGAUGAAGAAAAGGGGCUAGACCAACAGCCCUUUGAAAGAUCAAUUGAUGCAAUGAGCUUCUUGGCGGCUCAAUAA